GGCAUCGCCCCUGCCAAUCCAGGAGAACCCCGAGACUUAAUGUGCUCACUAUUUUGUGAAUGGCAAAGAACAAUAUGGCAUGCCUCUUUCUAUACCAGAUCUAUGUCGAUCCCUUGGUUGCCGGCAAUUGUGGUAGACAAGGUUUGUUUGUAAUUGUGCAUCUAACAAGCUCGUCCCCGUUUCUUGACUUUGAUUUAUUUCUCAGUUUUCAGUUAUUUGGUUAUUGGAAGACCGACCAUAGAUUCUUUCACAAUUAUGUUUCUUCAAAUGGUUGAUUCAGCUUGAACUUCUGAAGCUGUAUUAUAUUUCAUCUGCUCCGUUCUCCGGCUUUUCUCUCCCUUUCUACCGCUGUACUACUAAAACACGUCCAAUAUGGCCGACUCAACAACAGUCGACAAGACGGCAGUCACCUUAUCAGAGACACCACAAGCACCAAUUGAAACCUCGAGAGCUAAUAGCGAUCAUAAUGAUGACACCGGCAAAGAAAUCAUCAAAAAGCUUCUUCAAAGCCAAUAUAGACACAACGAUGGCAGUGCUAAGAAAGUUGGCCUAAUUUUCGCAGGUCUCACGAUUGCAGCACCCUAUUCGGAUUCAGUCUUAGUCAAAACUCUUCCACUCGCAAUAUGGAACACCUUCGGGACAGAUCAGGUCCGAUUCCUCAAGAAUCUCUUCCGCGUCAAUUCAAAGAAGAGCAAAACAAUCAAUCUACUUUCUGAUUUCAUUGGUCUGGUCAAACCAGGUGAAAUGCUCUUCGUGCUUGGUCGCCCAGGAAGUGGUUGCUCAACCUUUCUACGAGCUGCUGCAAACCAGUCCUCUUUGGCCGUUUCUGGAAAUUUAUCCUUCGCGGGCAUUUCACACACCGAGUUCAAGAAGAAGCAUAGAAGGGAGACGAUCUAUCUCCCAGAAGAAGACCGACACAUUGCGUCAUUGUCCGUCAGCCAAACAUUGAGAUUUGCCUUGACGAUGAGCUUGCCUUCCAACUUCCGAGACAGUGCCACAGUUGACGAAUUGGUCAUUACUGUGGGUAAAAUGUUUGGUCUCGAACAUGCCCUUGAAACGCCAGUCGGGGGUCCUUACUCUCCAGGAGUUAGCGGUGGGGAGAAGAAAAGAGUAUCAAUCGCAGAAGUCCUGGCAGCAGGAUCUUCACUCCAAUGCUUUGACAACUCAACGCGCGGACUCGACUCCUCAACUGCUCUUGACUUUGUCAAGGCUCUUCGAACGCUGACGGAUGUUGGCCAGAAGACCACACUUGCAACACUUUAUCAGGCGGGCCAGAGUAUUUACAAUCAUUUUGACAAGGUCAUACUGCUUAGUGAAGGUCAUCAGGUAUUCUUUGGUCGUGCAGACGAAGCUGAGGCGUAUUUUGAAGGAUUGGGAUACGUCAAGAUACCUGGCCAAACAACCGCAGAGUUUCUAACUACAGUUACGGAUGUGACUCAGCGAAGAUUUACCCUAGGCACCACAGCGGAGCAAAUCAAGACCGCCACCGACCUUUCCGCUGCGUUUCGAUCUUCUACGAUCUAUAGUCGCCUUCAGAGGGAAAUAUCGGACUACGAGAAGGCACAAGCCACAGAGUCCUCCUUACUUUCAACAUCGUCGUACAACCUUGCUUUCCCAACGCAGAUAUGGGAGUGCUUGAAAAGAGAGUACCAAUUGGUUCGAGCCCAAAAAAUGGUUUAUUAUAUCAAAUGGAUCACUACAGUUAUUCUAUCCCUUGUCAUUGGAAGCGAAUACUUCGAUCUGACCAGCGAUGCUUCAGGAGCAUUCACCAGGUCCGGAAUUGUAUUUUAUGCUCUCUUGUUCAAUGGUUGGCUCCAGUUCCCUGAAUUGUUUGAUGCUCAUACGAACCGUCCAGUGUUAGAGCGUCAAGCUUCCCUCAACAUGUAUCGACCAUCUGCUGUGGCAUUUGCUAGAGUUCUCAUCGAUCUUCCCCUCAUUGCGUUCCAGCACAUUAUCUUCAUCAUAUCCUUCUACUUCUUCGUUCAUCUUCAGGUGGACGUAGGAAAGUUCUUUUUCUUCUAUCUCACCUUGUUUCUCUCUACGGUCAACUUUAGUAACUUGCUGCGGAUGUUCGCCUACUUUGUCCCCUCUCUGGAUGACUGUUUUCGAUAUGGCGGUACUGCAUGCAUUGUAUGCAUUCUCUUUGCGGGGUUCUUAAUCCCUCCUGAGUCCAUACGUCCAUAUUUCGGCUGGUUGCACUGGAUAAAUCCGAUGUUCUAUGCAUAUGAAAAUGUCUUUGUCAACGAAUUCGAUGGCCUUACACUAACUUGUGAUGCAAGUUCGCUGAUUCCCAACUUAAACAGCAACAACAUUGCUUACCAAACUUGUUCAAUUCCUGGAGCAACAGCGAGACAAGGCACUGUUCCUGGAAUUCAAUAUGCCAAUGCUCUGGGGUUUUUCUUUGAUCAUCGCUGGAGAAACAUUGGUAUCCUCAUCGCAAUUGCUAUUGCUUAUGUCUUGAUAGGAGCUCUUGGUAGCGAGAUCAUGACUUUCAGCUCGCAGGGCGGCGCCCCCAUUAUCUACUCGAAGAAAUCCACAGAUAAAAAGAGCUCAAGUUGUACUCAAGAUAUUGAGAAAUCUGCUGCUGUCUCUCUUACUGAAGCUAAGGAGGAUACCAAUUCUCUCGAAAAGAGACAUAAUGGACCUGCACUGGCCUGGAAGAAUCUGACCGUAAACAUCGGGGAGGCUAAGAUCAUCAAGGAUGUCUCGGCUUAUGUUCGACCGGGAGACUUUGUGGCUCUCUGUGGUGCCAGUGGUGCAGGAAAAACGACUCUACUCUCAGCAUUGAGCCAAACAAAUUCUGUCGGAACGCUAGACGGAGAGGUAACAUUCGGCAAUACCAGACCUGGGAGAGCUUUCAAGAAAACUAUUGGGUUUGCCCAACAAAUGGAUCUCCAUGAUGGGACCGCCACCAUUAGAGAAGCUCUGGUGUUCUCUGCGUUACUGCGCCAGCCAAAGACAUACACCAAUGACGAAAAGAUUGCUUACGCCGACCACGUUAUUGACAUGUUAGAUCUGAGAAAGUACCAGAACGCUCUUAUUGGUGACGAAGGCUCCGGACUCGGCGUGGAGAUUAUCAAGCGGGUAACUAUUGGUGUUGAGCUUGCAGCGCGGCCAAAGAUCUUGUUCGCAGAUGAGCCUACAUCUGGUCUGGACUCUCAAAGCGCGAUUCAUAUUGUGAGUCUUCUGAGGAAUCUCUCCCAACAGGGACAGGCUAUUCUGGUUACGAUCCAUCAGCCUUCCGCAUCCUUGUUCUCCCAGUUUGACAGACUUCUUGCGCUGUCAUCAGACGGCAGACAAUUGUACUUCGGCGCCAGCCAGGAUGUGAUUCCAUACUUUGAAAAGAACGGCGCUGUGUGCCCACCAGAUGCGAAUCCCGCCGAGUUUAUCCUCGAGACUGUAGGCGCUGGUAUCAAUUCUCGGACUGAUGGAGUAGGUAAAGGUUGGGCAGACACAUGGGCACAAUCUCCUGAGGCCACGCAGAUUGCUAGCGAGAUUCAACAUCUCCAAUCUGAAGAGCAUGCUGUGGAGAACUUUGAGGAUGACCCUGAUAGCUUCAGUACUUCUACCGCGCGCCAGACACUCUUACUAACCAAGCGCAUUCUCACCAACCAAUGGCGCAAUGUCACAUACAUGUACUCCAAGAUUUGGGUUCAUGUUGUAUGUGGCAUCUUGGUCGGCUUUACAUUUUUCAAUGUCGGGACCAGUCCUAGCGAACUGCAGAACAGGAUUUUCAGCGUCUACUUUGUCGUCUUUCUCGUCAACAGCAUCGUGAAUGUCAUUCUUAUGCGCUUCUUCUUUGCUCGUAUGUACUGGGAGUAUCGCGAAGGACCUUCUAAUACAUAUGGCUGGGUUGCUUUAUGCUCUGCGAGCAUCUUGGCAGAGAUGCCUGGAGCCAUACUGUGUGGAACGCUGUAUUACCUGUUCUGGUAUUUUCCUUCUGGGUUGCCAUUGGGAUCCACAGCAGGAUACAUCUUCUUGUUCGUUCUGACUUACGAAGUAUUCCAGGUCACCGUCGGACUAUUCAUGAUGGCGAUGAGUCCCGAUCUUGGUGCUGCUGGCAAUAUUCUCGUAUUUAUCAUCUGCACACUCAACUGGUUCAACGGAAUUAUUGUGCCCUACAACCAGAUCCAGGUCUUCUGGCGCUACUGGCUCUACUAUCUCAGCCCUUUUACCUACCUCCUCGGCGGCAUGGCGACCUCUGUAAUCAGCGGCCAGGCCGUAAUUUGUUCCGAGGCCGAUCUAAGCAUCUUCUCGCCGCCAUCUGGACAAUCCUGCGGCUCCUAUGCCGGAGACUGGGCACUUUCCGCGUCGGCCCAGCUCUUGAACCCGAACGCGACAUCGAACUGCCAGGUGUGCAAGUGGACCACAGGCGAUCAGUAUCUCGAGAUCUUCAAUCUCGGGUCUGGAAAAUUGGGCGGCAUCUGGGCGUACUGGGGAAUCUUCCUUGCGUUCACCCUCUCUAAUGUGGCAUUGAUCUACUUCUUUUUUUGGGCAACGAAGAUUAAACACUGGAAAUUGUUUUACUUUUUUUAGAUUUGAGGAGAGCCAUGUUAACUUGUGGCUGAUUCUUGGACUAUAAAGUGGAUAUCUUUCAAAAGUCUUGGUUCUACGAAAGCACGGGGAAAGGAAAAAUCGAGGGGUUGGGGAAGCGACGAUCGAUGCAGGUUGAGUGCCAGAGGAGGUUGGUAUGGUUGCUCAGUUGCGGAUUGUAGAUUGACAUCACAUUUUGUCCUUUUUUGAAAUUGUUUCUUCGUUAACUUACCUAAACCUAAAUAUCUCACUUAUAUGAACUUUUACAACUAUUAUUUCACAGGAUACUGUACGAGCAUCCACACAAUGGAACGUGGACAUCCAUGCGUUUCGCGAGUGUCAAUCGCGACAACACCAAC